AUCUCAAGACCAUUUUUUUCCAUUGUUUACUCUAGAAAAGUGCUUAUUCAUUCCUAUACCCAAAAAAAGUAAAAAACCCUGCAUAAGAAUUAAGAAGGAGGAAGAAAAAAAAAAUUGUCGUCACAAUUGGCAGUACUACACCACAGUUGUGUAUAUGGUUAAUCGAGUGAACUGAAUUUGAAAUUGGAAUUGCAACGAUGGAGUUCUCUGUUGAGGCGGUGGGAAGCAUAGAGAACUGUUUCGUAUCCCUCCCUUUACCUCUAAUCCAAACUCUUCAAUCCACAUCUUCAUCUUCACUCCCUCCAAUUCUCGCUCUCGAGCUUCGUUCUUCUACUCACUCUCCUCACUCCUGGUUCGUCGCCUGGUCCGGAGCCACUUCCUCUUCUCCUUCAUCCAUACAAGUUUCUCAACAAUUUUCCGAUUGCGUUUCCUUGCCGAUUCAUUCUCCAGUUCAAGUUAAAGUCGCCUCUAACGUCCCUCACGCUUCUUCCGUCUCGAUAGAGCCGGACACUGAGGAUGAUUGGGAAAUUCUGGAACUUAAUUCUGAACAAGCUGAAGCUCAAAUUCUCAAUCAGGUUAGGAUUGUUCAUGAAGGGAUGAGGUUUCCUUUGCGUUUGAAUGGUCACACUGUUAUCACAUUCCAUGUUGCUUCUGUUUUCCCCAAGAAUGCGGUGGUACAACUCAUGCCAGGAACUGAAGUUGAUGUUGCUCCAAAGACACGCAAAAGAAAUUCAGAUUCGCCAGGAGAUUCACAUGUAGGUUCCAAUAGUGAAGAGCAUACUGCAAAGAUGCUGCUUCGUUUACAGGAACCAAAUGAUUUAUGCCGUACGAGUACUCAUGUCAAAGGUGUUGAGCUUCAUGUAGGGCUUACUCCGGUUGCUUUUGUUCAUCCAGAAACAGCCAAGCGCUUCUCAUUUAACAUGCUUCAGUUGGUCUCCAUAGUGCCAAGAGUAUUAUCCAAAGAGAAUGUUAAAAAUUCCAGAACCAAAUCAAACAUUAUGAAAGCCAAAGGUAGUUCAGCUGUUAAUCAAGUUGAGAAUGGAGAUACCGACAACAAGGAAAAUCGACAAGCAAUUGUUCAUCUGUUGAUUUCAGAAUCUGUGGCUAAAGGACAUGUAAUGCUAGCUAAGUCUCUUCGCCUUUAUUUGAGAGCUAGCCUGCAUUCAUGGGUUUAUUUGAAGGCAUGUGAUGUUAUUUUGGAAAAAAACAUUCCUUCCAUUUCUCUUUCUCCUUGUCGAUUCAAACUGUUAAGGCAGGAGAGCACUGUUGUGAAAGAUGGUCUAGAUGAUUUUCACGGCCACAGGAAUCACAUUGAUGGAAAAUUGCAUGGAAAAGCUACUUCAGGUGUCUUUUUGGAUACCCUAAAUUGGUCGAUCCACAAUGAAGUUGUUGCAGCUCUCUCUGAUGAAUCUAGUAACAAAGCAGACGAAGAGGUUGCAAACCAAUCUCAGAAUCAAAAGGGAUUACAAAAUCUUGUACGACUAUGGUAUAUUGCCCAGCUUGAGGCAAUUACUUCCAUUACGGGGGUGGAAGUUAAUUCAUUGGUUAUCGGUAGUAAAACUUUGCUUCAUUUUGAAUUAAGCUGUUACAAGAUUGGGAGUGAUGAGAAGCUUCAGCUGACUUCUUCAGAAAACAUCGGCAAGACAGUUGAAAUGUUAUUUUUAUUGACCUUUGGUGAAGAAGAUCUGCAUCAUGGGAAACUUAAUGCAUAUGAAGUUUCACUUGGUGGAAAACUCAAUAACAUCAACAUUGAGGAUCUGAAGCUUUUUGAAAGAGUGAAAUUGGGUGAUCCUGUUUCUCUUCGUUUUAUGGAAGACAGAGCCUCCAAAGACCACAUUAGUUCAAAUGUAUCUUUCCUUGGCUGGAUGGAGAAAACUGCUUCUGAUGUUAUCAAUAGGAUGUUGGUAUUGUUAUCUUCAGCAUGUGGUUUGUGGUUUGGCUCAUGCAACCUGCCACUUCCCGGACAUGUUCUAAUAUAUGGACCUCCGGGCUCUGGGAAAACUAUACUAGCAAUGAAUGUGGCAAAAUCCCUUGAGAAUCGUGAAGACAUCUUAGCGCACAUAAUUAGUGUUUCCUGCUCAAAACUUGCUUUGGAGAAGGUCCCAAUUAUUCGCCAAGAACUUGCAAACCAUAUAACUGAAGCUAUAAACCAUGCACCUUCUGUUGUCAUCUUUGAUGAUCUUGACAGUAUAAUUUCUACCCCUGAUUCCGAAGGAUCUCAGCCAUCAAUGUCUGUUGCUGGACUCACAGAUUUUCUUGCUGACAUUAUGGAUGAAUAUGGGGAGAAGAGGCGGAAAUCAUGUGGAUUUGGACCAAUAGCUUUCAUAGCAACCAUACAGUCCCUAGAGAAUAUGCCACAAUCUUUGAGCUCUUCAGGACGAUUUGACUUUCACAUUAAGCUGCCUGCUCCUGCAGCUUCUGAGCGAAAGGCCAUGUUGAAGCAUAUAAUACAAAGGCGGCACUUGCAAUGUAAUGAUGACAUCCUACUUGAUGUGGCUGUAAAAUGUGAUGGUUAUGAUGGCUAUGAUCUGGAAAUAUUAGUUGACAGAACUGUCCAUGCUGCUGUUCGCCGUUUUCUGCCAUCUAAUGCCAUUUAUGAGCACGAGGGUCCUGCUUUAGUACAGGAGGAUUUCUCUUUGGCAAUGCAUGAUUUUCUCCCGGUUUCAAUGCGUGACAUCACAAAGUCCGUUUCUGAUGAUGGCCGUUCUGGAUGGGACGAUGUUGGUGGUCUUGUUGAUAUUCGAAAUGCUAUUAAAGAGAUGAUAGAAUUGCCAUCAAAGUUUCCAAAAACUUUUGCACAAGCACCAUUAAGGUUGCGGUCAAAUAUCCUUUUGUAUGGUCCUCCUGGUUGUGGCAAAACUCACAUAGUCGGUGCUGCUGCGGCUGCUUCUUCACUUCGAUUCAUAUCAGUGAAAGGUCCAGAACUGUUGAACAAAUAUAUUGGUGCUUCAGAACAAGCUGUUAGAGAUAUAUUCUCCAAAGCAGCUGCUGCAGCACCGUGCCUACUUUUUUUUGAUGAAUUUGAUUCUAUUGCUCCUAAGAGAGGGCACGACAAUACUGGAGUAACUGAUCGUGUUGUCAAUCAAUUUUUGACAGAGUUAGACGGUGUUGAGAUUUUAGCUGGUGUUUUUGUGUUUGCUGCAACCAGUAGACCCGACUUACUGGAUGCGGCACUCUUGAGACCGGGUAGGUUAGAUCGUCUUCUAUUUUGUGACUUUCCAUCAUGGCAUGAGAGAUUGGAAAUUCUUACAGUACUUUCUAAAAAGUUACCAAUGGCCGGUGAUAUUGAUUUGGCUACAGUAGCUAAUGUGACUGAAGGAUUCAGUGGAGCUGAUCUCCAAGCUCUCCUCUCAGAUGCACAACUUGCUGCAGUUCAUGAUAUUCUUGACAAUAUCAAUACGUCUAGAUCAGAGAAAACUCCAGUUAUUACUGAUGCUCUUCUAAAGCUCACUGCAUCUAAUGCCAGACCGUCUGUUUCAGAGGAAGAGAAAAGACGACUCUACAGUAUUUAUCGCCAGUUCCUGGAUUCCAAGAGAUCUGUUGCUGCCCAGUCAAGGGAUGCAAAAGGCAAGAGAGCAACUCUAGCGUGACAAUUCGAGUAAUAUAGUGAAUUUGCUGCUGUGGUGGAAGCUGCGAUUUGGUAUUCUUUUUGAAGAUGCCAUUUUAGUUUAUUUAUACCUUAUUAUAGUAAAUUUGUACAGUAGUUAGAUUGAUGUUCAAUUCAUUACUUGUAAAACGCGAAUUCUCAGGCAACGUAUAAAUUAUAAUGCUUGUGUGGUAGCGAUGGCUGCAUUAAAAUUUAGGUAGAAAAUUGAGAUAGGAGGAGGUUGUGUAUUGAGAGGAAAUCAUCUAUUGGUAAUUCAAUGCAGGAUGUACUAGCCAUCUUCUGGCAUAGACAAAUUACUCUUAAUUAUAAGAUUUUUUUGGAACA